AUCGGAGCAGGUUGGAGCUCGGAGCAGUCGGAGUGGAGGAGAGAUCGUGAACGAGCGGAUCACAUUACGCAUAUCAUAUCCGCACUAUCCGCAGUGCACUGUGCAUCGGUGAUCUGGAGCGAGUGGCGACAUUACAUACAUAAUACGCGAACGCUGGCGAACGAUAUCGAUAUUAUCGCCGUCGUCAUCGUCAUCAUCAAGAGUGCGUUUAGCAGCUGGCCUAGCCCGGUUUCGCGACGGAGAUGAUCGUCACUCGCAAUAAUCGUGACGGAGCGAACGUGACGACGUGCCGGAAACUCACCGUCUCGGCGGGGAUGUGAGCGAGAGGAACGCGCUCGCGAGAGCGCCGCGCGGCGUCGUCGUCGUUGAUGACCAGCAACCACGACGACCUGGCCGGCUAAUCGAGAGGGGUAAGAGACGCGCGCGCGGCAGUGUUGCUAUCAUCGUCGUUGAACGCGAUAUAUACGAGCGACUCACGUCCGUGGGAGGCCGCGAGUCCGAGAGGGAGCACGAUGGCGGAUUUUGACGCAAUCUACGAGGAGGAGGAGGAACAUGAACAGCACUUAGAGGAUCACUAUGUCGCGAUGGUGCCAGACCCGAUCGUCAUCCGCGGGGCUGGCAACAUGACAGUAUUCGGUCUCAGUAACCGUUUUGAAUCGGAGUUUCCCAACGGCCUCAUGUCCCGCGUAGCUCCAGAAGAGUUCAAGGCGACUGUUAUGAGAGUGAACAGUGUAUUGAAAAAGACUUUACCUGUUAACGUUAAGUGGUUAUUCUGCGGUUGUGUAUGCUGUUGCUGUACUCUAGGAUGUUCUCUGUGGCCUGUCAUUUGCUUGAGCAAGAGGACUCAGCAUUCGUUAAACAAAUUGUUAGAAUGGGAGAAUAGUAGGCUCUACCAUAAACUCGGUUUACAUUGGAGACUGGCAAAACAAAGAUGCGAUAGCUCCUCCAUGAUGGAAUAUGUUCUUUUGAUUGAAUUUAUUCCAAAGAUUCCAAUCUAUAGGCCCGAUUAAACAAUGGGCAAUCGUGCAAUUAAUAAUACGUACAAUGCAAAUAAUCAGCAAUGUGCAAUGUGCAACUGAUGACAUGCAGAAAAAUACAGAGAAGAUAAAGUGCCGCUACGAUGAUAUAGGUACUUUUCUAGUACUUAUGUAAUGCAUAUUUUUGUAAAUAUUCUGGGUAGGAAUGCACAGUACAAUAAUUCGACGUAACAGAGAAUAGAUUACAUUUUGAUCAUAGAAAGAAAAAGGCAACUGUUAAUUCUUUACAAUUAAUUUAAACUAAAAAAAUAUUGCAAACAAAUCGAAUGAUUAUUUUCUCAGAGAUAUUCAUUUGGAA